AUGGAGAAGGAUGACUGGUGCAAGGUAUGCACCUCAGCUAUAGUACAGAGCAUGCGAGGGUUGGUUUGGAGCCCAGUAGAACAAGGUUAUGAGAGUGAGCUCUGCAACUUUCGUCGACACUCGCAGUUUCCCCUUGGAAACCUGGAAAAGAUAAGCCAGCUGCUGUCUAAGAGUGCUCAGUGUCCACUGAGAGUACACUAUCUAUCAUCACAAUAUGCUGAUGAGAGGUGUUUUAUGUUUGUGUUAAUUUCCCCCACUAAAUCAGUAAUUAUUACAAUCCUGUCCCUGCUGUUUACCCUGCAGCUGUUUUUCCAUUUGUCGAGAGAGCGGGUGUUCUCUGAGGACCGCACACGUUUCUAUGGUGCAGAAAUUGUCUCUGCCUUGGACUAUCUACAUUCCGGAAAGAUUGUGUACCGUGAUCUCAAGUUGGAGAAUUUGAUGCUGGACAAAGAUGGACACAUAAAAAUUACAGAUUUUGGGCUUUGCAAAGAAGGGAUCACAGAUGCUGCCACCAUGAAGACAUUCUGUGGUACACCCGAGUAUCUGGCACCAGAGGUAUUAGAAGAUAAUGACUAUGGCCGAGCAGUGGACUGGUGGGGCCUGGGGGUUGUCAUGUAUGAAAUGAUGUGUGGGAGGUUACCUUUCUACAACCAGGAUCACGAGAAGCUUUUUGAACUGAUACUGAUGGAAGACAUUAAAUUUCCUCGAACACUCUCUUCAGAUGCAAAAUCAUUGCUUUCAGGGCUCUUGAUAAAGGAUCCAAAUAAACGCCUUGGUGGAGGACCAGAUGAUGCAAAAGAAAUUAUGAGACACAGUUUCUUUUCUGGAGUAAACUGGCAAGAUGUAUAUGAUAAAAAGUCGCAGGGCAGCACGCGCUUGAGCGUAGACAGAGCAGGACGGCUUCACGUGCAGCGUCCUGUGGCCGCGGCGGCACAGGCGCGGGUGCAUGUGUUGACCGGGGCGGGACACAUGAGAAGACGCCGCUGUCUCCUGCCCACAGAUGACGAGGACGGCAUGGACUGCGCGGACAGCGAGAGACGGCCUCACUUCCCGCAGUUUUCCUACUCCGCCAGCGGCCGGGAAUAAGCCUCCACCACCCUGCCCCUUCCCUGUCAUCGAGAUCUAUUCCAGAAAAUGAUUCCCAGACACCCCCACUGUCCGAGCUCUUACAGAUAGCAGGGCCGCCCUCUGACAUCCCAGACCAGCCGAGGGUCCCCCCUUGCCACCGUUCACCCUCAUGGACACACACACAUACGCAAACACACUCCAGUUUUUGUUUUUGCAUGAAGUUGUAUCUCAGUCUAAGGUCUCAUGUUGUUGCUGCUAUGGUCUCACUAUUCUAGCAACUUUAAGAAGUAAUUUUACAAUCUUUGGAAGUCAUGAGCCCACCAUCUCUCAUCUGUAUACCAGCUGUCACCUUUUGCUCUUCUAGUUUUUUUUAUUUUCCCCCUAACAGGGAAGGCUAAAUGAGAAACACUGAUUCUAGGUACAUUUUUUUUAACUUUCUAGAAGAUAAAUCAAAAACUAAUUAGACUAAGAAGAUUUAGUUUAUAGCUCAGAACAAGCAAUUGUGGAAGGGUGGUGAUGUGCAUAUGCAAAGCUUUAGUAAAGCAUAUAGGAUCAAUGCAUAAAGUAGGUAUGUCACGAAGAUUUGGCUGGAAUUCAUUAGGAAGCAUUUGAGAGAAGGACUGAACAACUGUUGAUACAUAUAUAUAUAUAUAUUUUUUAAUUCCUGUUGGAUACUGUAAAGGAAGCCCAAUAUCACUGGACGUCCAGACUUCACGGGCAUCGUGGGCAGAUAAACCUUGAUCUGCAAGAAACGAAAGCAUAUGCACAGCAUCAAAGUCACUUAAAGGGUCGUAGGACACAGUUUGCACCAGAGAGCAGUUUUUCCCUGUGCUUGGAAACCUUUUUCCCUUCUUGAUACCACCUCUGAUGGCUGAAGAAUGUAGACAGGUUUAAUGAUCCUGCUUUUCACCAAAAUUUGUAUACCAAGGUAAACAGGUGUUUGCCUUACUUGUUUUAAUUUUUUACUCUCAGUUCUGUGUGAAGUAGCUUUUUCUCAGAUGUUACAACUUUGAAUGUCCUUUUACGAUUUUGUUUGUUUUGCAGUAGUAUUUAUUUUUUAGUGAUGAAAAUUGUAUGUCAUGUUAGCAGAUGCAGGCCCACCUUAACACCAGGUAGACUUACUGCAGUUUCUUUUGAUCCAUGUGCAAGGAAUGUACACGCCAAUGAGAAUCAUGCACUUUUCUCCUCUGUAAAAAAAAAAAUAAGGCUCUGAAAUUGUAUAUAUUGGUUAGAAUUUGGCUUUGGGAGAAGAGAUGCUAUCAUUUAACCCCCUGGUGCUGAAAAUGAGAAAAUCCCCAACUGUCCAUGCCAAUGGGUUCCUGAAACAAAAGAUGUUGAUGUCGGCUGAGUUGAGAACUGAAGUGUUCCGGCGGCCUGGCAGCGUGAUGUAGCAGAGAAAACCGAGGCCGGGUGGCAGCAGGAAACGAGCUUCAUGUGGCCACAAGGACGCAGGUCCAGUGUUUACACAGUAGGCAGGAAAGGAUAAGAACCUGGUGUGUUUAUUCUGGUCAUGGUACAUCUAUCACUGAAUUAAGCCAUCAGGGAGAGAAAAACAAAAGAAGAACACCUCCAGCUUUUCUCUUUCUGUGUAGACUCAUGUCCCCAAAUUCCAGCGUUUCUCACUGAGGGGACGUGUAUGCAAACCUCAUCUUUCUCCCUCAUUAAUGACGAUCUUCUGAUUAAACCCUUCGGUGCUAGGAGCUGACAUUUUCCAAAGCAGCCUAUGAAGUCCGGGGGCCGGGGCCAUCCCCUCCUGGGGCGAUCGUGGAAAUGUGUUCUGACUACCCGACAGCUCCCAACGGAGACUACAGCACGACGUAGUGUCCCGACCGCACUGUGCAGAAGGGCACGCGACUUUCUAAGUAGGCCGAGUCACUCGUGUGCAGACGUCUUAGCCUCGGCGCUGGAGGUGUGGGCUGACAGCUAUGGAACCACUGCUGGCGGUGGGCGGGCCACUGGGACUGAUGGGGCUAAAGGGCAUUUUACUAAGGCAGCUAAGACACAUUCAGACAUAGGUCUUACCUGAUUUUUCAUAUUCCUACCUGAGUGGACUUCAUCUGUAGUAUUAAGUAGGAAGUUACAGUAAGUAGUAGUUAAUUCUUUCUCACACAUAGAGCUUAACUUUUUUGUUUUCCACUUGGAAUUAUGUUGAAUGUUCACUUUGACAAGAAAGUAGAUGAGAAGAAAUGUCCUUUGAGUUGUCCUGCAUCCAUCAUUUGAGAAGGGGACAGGCGGGAGGAGGAGAGAGCUGAGACAGAGGGGAAGCGCGACACCGUCCACUAAGCACGUAGCUUUUUGUUGUUUUGGUUUUUUCCCCCAAAAUCUCAAGAUGAUUUCCAGGACCUUGGCCAAGGACACUUCUAAAGGUUAAUGACCGGCACUGACAGUGCCCCAGGCUGGCCACUCCUUCUAGCUGGCUCUCAGUCCCCAGCCAUGCCAGUCAGUUAUCCCCUGAGACACCAUGAGUGUCACACAAGUGUUUUCUUGGCUUCGAUUUUGAGAACCCUUUACUUUCCUUCCCAGAUCUCAGUCCGCUGGUGUGGAGGUAUUGGUAGAAAUACAGAAAUGUGCGUGAAGGGAGAUUUCUAAAACUUUCCUUGUGUUGCCCACGGCUGUGGGUGUGGAUCGUGGCGGGUGCAAUGGCCUGAAACCUGGACUCAGUCUCGCAGAAAAUGGUUCAUUCAGUCUUUGCAGACUCCAGCUCAUAUUGUCUUGAUGUUUGACCUCCUGCCAUAAUGCAGGUCUUGGAGGGAAUUGGCCCUUUCUGCUUGGGUCGUGGGCGGGGUCGCCACAGCUUUGCUUCCCACACUGAUGACAUAGCAUCAUUGCAGUAUUGUUUCCAUUGCCUGUACCUGGUCUCUGGCUUCUUAAAGUGGACUCUUCUUGCAGGGGCCACUUGCUUCUCCUAGAGGACAAAAGUAAGGGCCUUCCUUACUAACUGCAGGGUCUAUAUCUUACACCUCAGUGUACACACUUUGCUGCUACUGUCUGUACUGUCUACAGUAGAAUUUCCUGAAUCUUGCUCCUGGUAGUGCAUUACAGGCAAGCAUGAAACGUAAAGUAUUUAUUUAAAUAAAAAGAAAACCUCUAAAUUGGUCAUUGAGUUACCUCCCUGUAGCUUUAUAGUUUGUGACAUCUCUUGACCUUGCUAGUUCUUUCAUUAGACCCACGCAAGAUCUAGUCAUCUGGUUAAGGAUUUUAAGCAGACGUUAACUAUGAACCCAAGAAACUGUAUUACUAUUACUGUCGGUCAUACUAAAACUGUUUAUUUCCUUAAGUAUAUGGCCCACAAGGAUGUGAAAUAACUACAAGAAGCUGUUUUUGUACACUGUACAUCCUUAGUAUUUUUACACGUAUAUGGUAGGGACGCACAUGACCUUCCUUCGUACAGACGGCCUGAAUAAAGCACUCUGCCAACCCGCUGCUUCUCUCUUUAUUGUCGUUGGACGUGGUUCUGUAAACUCGGGAAAUUAGACUCUUCUGGUGGGGGGGGAAAGGGUUUUUAGUAGCUCCACCUGGUUUUAACCUACCCUGUAUGAAAUGUGGCAGAAAAAUACAGAAGUUCCUCCUAGCUCAGCUCACAUGGGAUUAUUUUUACUUCAGUAAAAUGGCAAUAGUGAAGUUGUACAAACUGGCAAAAGGCUCCUGGAAGGAGUGGUGCCCACCUCAGCAUUGGGCGCAGGACAGAUCUGCUGUGAAGCCAGGCAUGGGGGAGGUCUCAGACCCUAAUCAUCUUCACAACCAAUGGUUUGGACCCCAAGUUCUUCAGGGGUGUAGCUGCUCAUUAAUGUCUUCCUGAUACUGUACUGUUGUGCGUACUUCCUCUCAGUGUUCUUUUAACACUUCGUGGCUAACAAACGUAGGGGACACGGGUGGUAGACGGGCAGGAUGGCUGAGCCACAAUCUGGUUUACGGUGAAUCAUUUUGGAUGGGGCCUUUUUCAGAUUUUACCUCAUAAAGCUACAAUUGUAGAAACUUGGCUUUGUUCCUGUGAUUAAGCCAGAUGGAGGAUGGCUUGGGGAACAGAGUUUGUCAGGCACGUGUGUGUGUGUGUCACAGCCACACUUGAGGGCAUCCUUACACGUGCUCUUAAAACCACUGGGGUUGACAGAUCUGGGAGUCUAACAUGAAGUGACCUCGAUCAUUCUUUAAAGGUGCUAUUUUCAGGCUAUUGUAUAAUUUAUUCACAGCGUACCUAAAACAGAACUGACGACUGAAAUAUCUCAUGGGACAGGCUUUAUGUCUGGCAUGUUUGAUGAAAUCGAAAACUUCUGCAUCUGAAUGGAAGUUCUGCUAUUUCAGGCUUGAAACCCUUAUGUGCUCAAGAGACUGGAAUCGUCUGUGUGUGUAGAUGUCACCACGUCCGGAACCUGCGUCCUCCACGUCACUUCUGAGAGGCAGGGCAGGACGCGGGGCACCGCCAGGCCAGUGUUGAGACAGUGGCGGUGGGUCCCUGGCCGGGAGAACAGCCCUGAGGUCAGGGACUUGUCCCCGCUGCAGCCUUGCCUUUAGUGUUGAGUUGUCACCCUCAAGUCCAACACAAAAUUGUCAGUGUCCAUUUUUUAUUACUUUAAAGCAUUUGAGGGCUUAACUGUGUAGGAGAAAUACUAUUUUAGACUAAAAUGAUCAGUGUACAGGUAUUUGAUAUACUCUUUAAGUAAAUUUUCUAAUUUCACUACAUUUUAAGCUCCCCUCAAAUACUGCAUAUGGAAGAAAAAAUCCACCACCACCAAGCCAAAGAUGCUUUUUUGUCUGUUUCUGGGGUUAACGGAAUGGGAGAAGAAUGUUCGGUGCUUCCUGGUGUCCCGACUGCACGAGUCAGUCAGAUGAUGAGUAGCGGAGUCUUAGGGGACGGUGAUUAAGGGCAGGGGAAUGACAUGUACGUACAGAUCAGAAAAAGGGAAGAAAAACUAAGGGCAGGAAAAAAGUUUGGUCCUUAAUACACGUCGGCCUCGUUCAAAUAUGUGCCUUUCUGGUGUGUGGCGUUCACCGCUGCAAGGUAAAAGGAAACAUUACAGUCCAGGUCUCUCCAAAGUUCAUUUAUUGAAAUUCCUGUGUGUAACCGAGCAUCAAACAAGCAGACUGAAAACACAGUGACUUGGAGCGUUCCUGAAAACACCCCAGGAGCUCCUGUCGCCUGGUGACGGACCCGCCCCGCCCGUCUGUCGCGCAGGGACGGCUCCGCUGCAGCCAGGGGAGGUCAUGGUGCGUCGUGUCAUGUGAAGUACACGUUGGGUGAAUGUAAAUAUCUCUGUAAAUCAUUGGUUUCACUCUGUUUCAUCCAGGUCAGCAAUCAGAUUGUGGCAUGCUGGGUAACUGGAAAAAAUAAUAAAACGUAAGUUUAAAUAGA